UAAACUUUAAUAACAAUGAAACUGAGUACAUGUAAUUCGUUUGAACGCCACGGAACGAAGCAACGAAAUGACCGCCGCAUGGUCGUCGUUUCCCACUCCACGCAACCUGCUAAACGCGUUCAAACACCUGCUUGCAUGGAGCGGUACGCCUUAAGGGGAAUCCCCUCAUUAUUGCCAUUGUAGUCGCCAUCUAGCUUUGAAGAGAUCAAACUAAUUUUCGGUUCUUGUUCAGCAUCUCUGGCGGUAAAACGCCCCAAACUUGUCGAUAUAUAGUUCUUACUUUUCACGCUAGAUGGCGCCAUUAAGGUACUCUUACUCGAUCCCUUUGCGGUCCAUUGAAAUAAUCCAUUGAAAUCAGAGAAUUUGGACCGCAAAAGGUUAAAUUAAUCAUAAUAUUAAUUCGAGUAUAAUAGUUUCACUGAUAUUAAACCUAGUAUAUGUCAUUAUAUGUAUCGAAACAUGAAUGAACUGAAAAUUUAAUCAGCCUCUAAGGGAAAUGAAUAUAAUUGAUAAUAUCAGUGACGACAUCUUAGAGAAAAUGUGUUUCAAAUAUAUGUUUUACACUUUUUCUUAUGGACCCUUUUCCAUUAAGUGAUACCUACACCGCUUCCCGUGUUUCCUAGAUCAUCCCUGAUCAUCCCUUCUUUUUCAUCGCGUCCAAGAGGGGAUGGAGCCAAGGUGUUUGACGUCAAGACCGCUAAGAGAGCCAUCGCGCGGCAACGAGUACAUCAUACUCACUCGUUUGAAGAUCAGGUACCGACACGGUUACCGAUUUCGCUCGUGAAAAAACGCGCGGUACGGUUUUUUUUAUUUUUUACUCGUUAGCGGAUGUGCCCCCUCGCGAUUUUCGGUAACGCUUACCGUUUUCGUUCGCCCACGGCGGUCUUGAUGCUGGAACGAACAUAAUCGCGCGGAGUUGCUCGCUCAUCCUUGCCAACUGUAGACGGAAGUCGACAGGUAAGGCAAAAACGAAACGCGGUGACUUCGUUCGACGCGUAAAAUCAUUUGUUGUUUCGAGUAAUCGGCUUUCAGUGAUCGCUCCUCUUCGGCUACGUAUACAGAGAUGGGCAAAACAUUUCUAACUAGCUAACAAUUUCCAAAUAACGAACGAAAGAUGAACACGAAAUUCAAAUUUAUGUUGCGGUAUAAAAUAUAUUAAAAUGAAUAUUUUAAUUGAAUCACGACUGAGAGAUAAUAGUCGUAUUCGAAAAGACUGGUUUAGAAACAGAACUACAGUCAAACUCCGCCUCUUGCAUAUGUAUCAGCAUAAAUAUAACGUGUUCAUCUUAUACGUACCCUUACAUAAUUGCGCAACAAAGAUGCUAAAUAAAAUAGAUAAAAAUAAAUAUAGAGCAAACUGAAGAUAUCGAGAUUUGUUGAUAGUUCGAUCCAUUAGUCGUUGGAUUUGGCUCUCUUCGAGAGAUAUAAUCGAAUUAGACGCAGAAUUUCAAAAAGACUGGAGGCUCCACGAACUGGUUCCGAGGCGUUUGGACAAGUUACGAAAAUGAAAAUCAAUGGUUCGAAUAACAGAGCGAUGAUUCUCGUUUUCGUUUAACUGAACAUUUUAGUUAUUAAAUCGAGGAUUCGUUACCUAUUAUUCGAAUCGAAUUUUGCCCGUCUCUGCUCGUACCGCUUCGGUAUAGUUCGGCGAUCCGUGACGGACAUUUUCAAAUUCAGCGUCGUAAUUAUAUAUUCAAUGCCAUCGAAUGUGAACUUUAAACGCGUAAAAAAGAUCGGCGUGUAUCGUUUUAAAAUUUAACUUUUCAAUCAUUAGAAAUAUACAAGGAAUUCGUUUCUGGUUCGUUUACUUGGAAUCUCUUAAUUUCAUUUUUGCACUCGAAGGGAUAUCACGAUCAUCUUGACAAUCGAAACGUAGCCUGAUAACUAGACUGCGGAUCUUCAUGCAAAAUAAAAUCUUUUGCAAAACGUACCCAAAAGAACUGUACCUAAACAGGAAUUUAUUAUCUUAAUUUGUUCUCUAAAAAUCUCUAAAACGCUUCAUCUAUUACUUCGCUCUGCGAAUAUCGCGAUACAAACUUUACUAUUAUAUCGUUUGAUAAAAUUUCGUAUAAAUGCAUAAAAGUCCACAGUUAAUUAACAACGAAUCGAAUGAACUCGUCAGGUGUUCGCCCCUGUGAAAAUAACCGCGACGUUCUCCAAGUAUAUUUCUUUCUUACACGAAGAGCGCGUCACCUCCGAUUUCUUUGGUUGCGAUCGACGAAUGUUUGUGCAUAAGUGAUCAUGUCUGUAAAAGAGAUAAACGAAAACAGAACACUAUCAUUACACAGUGAAAGAGAACGGGGAGACAGUUGACUUCUUGCGAACGAUUAAAAUUUUCGUAAGCGAAAGAACAAAAGGAAACGGCGGAAGGUGUGUGAAAAUGCCGGAUACUAAGGCAAUUGCACAGCUGACAAUCACAACGUGAGCGGGGUUUGUUCGUUUACGCGGAUCAUCCGGGGGAUAAUGAUUACAGAACAGUCCUGGACCAUGAUGCUGGACAGCGAUGUCGCGGGCAUCAAUGAUAUUUCCCCGAGGAAACAAUUAUGGAUCAAGGCAGUGAAGAAGCUGACCUCCGAGAGGCUGGGCAGAGAGGGAUUGGCGGCGUGGCAGGACAGGGCCUCCAACAACGACCCAGAAGUUCCGGAACCUGAGGAAGACCUCGAACCUGACGAUCCAGACACCGAUCCCGACGAGGGUCUCGCCGAUGAACCUGUCGACGCUGAAGCUCAACCGCAACCAGAUGUUUUCAAGAAAGGAGUCCUCUAUAAGGGAAUAUUCUGUCCGUCGCUGUCGAACAGUUUCCAUAGCAAGCAGCUGGAGAUCUCGUACCUCCAUUACUCGAACCGUCAACGGCAGAAGUCGCUGAUAAUGCUCAACAUCGUCGAUCUAAGCCUAAAGAUGGUUCUCAUGGCGAUAUGGCUGUGGCAAAGGGAAGAGGGCAGCGGCGGUCUCAUCGAAUCCUUAUCCUGGGCGUCCUGUUGCAUGGCGGCGAACCUGGCGGUGUGCAUUCUCGGCUGGUGGCGGUGUUUCUCCAAUAAUUACUUACACUGGGCUUCCAUAUUCACUUGGUUACUGAUCAACUCGCAAGGUUUUAUAGGAGCCGGUCUAGACUUCUCUAGCCAGCAACGUCUAAUGUGGUACAUUUUGUUUGUCGUGUACGCACCGUACGCCAUGCUGCCGUUGCCUUUGAGAUGGUGCGUCCUCGCCGGUUACGGAACAGCUUUAACGCACAUGGUUAUGGCGGGAAUAACUUUAUUGCGAGACCCGACAUACCUGCACGAUGUCGCGUGCAUAGUACGAAUGCUAACGACCAACGUCCUUCUUUAUCUUGCAAUGAAUCUAGCUGGCAUGUACACUAAGUAUUUGACAGACAGAGGACAGAGGCAGGCUUUCUUGGAGACCCACAGAUCAAUGGAGACCAGGCAGAGGACGCAGAAUGAGAACAACCGACAGGAGAAGUUGCUACUUUCCGUAUUGCCAGAUUUCGUGGCCAAAGAAAUGAUCAGUGAUAUCGCCCGUGAAACAGCUCGAGGUGGAACCAUCUCCUUUACACCCAAUCAAUUUCACAGAAUAUACAUCCAUCGCUACGAGAACGUUAGCAUACUCUUCGCUGACAUCAAAGGCUUCACCGCGUUGGCCAGUCAUUGUAGCGCCCAGGAGCUCGUCAAGGUGUUAAACGAUUUGUUCGCGCGUUUCGAUAGACUCUCCGCGGAGAAUCAUUGUCUGCGUAUAAAGUUACUCGGGGACUGUUAUUACUGCGUCUCUGGACUACCCACCGCCAGGAGCGAUCAUGCUCACUGUUGCGUCGAGAUGGGCAUGCAUAUGAUUAAAGCUAUAAGGGACGUACGAUACACCACGCAGGUUGACCUGAACAUGAGAAUAGGGAUCCACAGCGGGUCGGUGCUGUGCGGUGUACUAGGACUUCGAAAGUGGCAAUUCGACGUCUGGUCCUAUGACGUGACGCUGGCUAAUCACCUCGAGAGUGGAGGCAUACCUGGGCGGGUACACAUCUCGGAGGACACCCUGAAUUGUUUAAACGACGUGUACGACGUGGAGCCGGGAAACGGUACCGAGAGGGACAAUUACUUGAAAGAGAGGAACGUGGUGACUUACCUGAUCAAGCAAUUGGAGCCUGUGAAAAACAGGCGGAGGUUCUCCACGCGUCCUAAAGUUAUGUCAGAGGAGGACGCUGGGAAAAGUAAGAAGAGCUUCAAAGUGAACAACCCGUUGGCUGCGAACAUAAGUGCUCCGAAUACGUCGACGGACGACGAGAUCGGAGUCGACUGGACGCCAGAGAUUCCGUUUGAAAACUUGAACACGUCGUCAUCGGUUAGUAAUUUAGAGUCGGAGUAUCUCGAGGAAGAGAACGGUUCUGCUAAGAAUGCGAAAGCUGCAGCGUCUGGACUGAGGGCCGCGGGCCUUGAAACAGCGAGCAACAAGCGUAUGAGAUUGGCGAACAUAAACGCUUGGACUUUGCGCUACAACGACGAAAGCCUAGAAUCAAAGUUCGGCCAAUUGCGGGAGGAUAUGUUCAAGUCCAACAUGAUCUGUUGCUUCGUUGUGUGGAUAUUUAUCGCGAUCUGCCAGGCUAUUAUAUUGCCAGACUGUACGAUCCUCCUGCUCUCUCUGCUGGCGACAACGUUGGUCUUGGUGGCGUCGUCCAUCCUGGUGAUGGCGGAGGAGUUCAAGAGUCUCCCGACGUACCUGCAGCACGCCUCCUCGAUGCUGGUUCACAAUAAACAGCAUCGAACGAUCUUCAUAUGCAGCGUGAUCAGUUUGAUGGCACUGACGUCGAUCGUCGGGGUCCUCGCGUGUCCAGCGUCCAUACGACGGUACCCAGAGGCCAUGGUACUCGAACGACAGCAACUGACUACGCCAACUUUGCAGCCAGAACGACUGGUGGCCACGACUGUCGGCCUGGACCAGUUCAUACUGACGUUCCUGGAGACAGCUCUUCGCGACGAGUCUCCCGAGGAACGGAGAGACGGAUCCCGCGAGGAGAAUCACACCGCGCCCCACUUACCCAACGACAUUGGAACUUUAUUGGCCAGACCUGGUAACGGAGGGGCUAACUUGGCGAAAGGUCGAAGAAGAAAAGAAUCGUUCAGGGACGAGGAUGUUGACUUGAAGAAGACAACGUCGACGCCACAGACGGAGCCUCGAGCUGAACCUUUGUAUUCUUCGGAUUACGACGAGGACAUAGUCCUGGGGACCACCUGUGUUCGACCUGAAUACAUGGUGUUCACGUGGAUCUUGUGCCUCAUAGCGCUCGCCUCGGCUCUUAAGCUGUAUUAUCUUGUGAAGACAGCGUUAGCUACCAUCAUCGUGUCCGUCUACGCUGUGCUGAUCCUCGUGGUCUGCAAGGACUUCUUCUCUAUCCCCGACGAGGAGAGUUCACCGUCGAUACCUCUCUCGGCGCAGAUGUUGACGUUUCUGUGCGUGUUCCUCGUGAUGGUCACAUACCAUGGCAGAUUAGUAGAGGUGACGUCCAGAUUAGACUUCCUGUGGAAACAGCAAGCCGAAAGGGAGCUGAGCGAUAUGAUAGAGUCGCGUCACAACAACAUGCAGCUGUUGAAGAAUAUUUUGCCAGACCACGUCGCUCAUCACUUCCUCACCCAGGAACGAGCGCCAGAGGAACUGUACUCUCAAUCGCGGGAUAAGGUGGGCGUGAUGUUCGCCAGCGUACCGAACUUCACCGAGUUCUACUCCGAAGACGUGAAUAAAGGAAUGGAGUGCAUCCGUUUGUUGAAUGAAAUCAUAGCUGAUUUCGAUGAACUCCUGGACGAGAAUCGGUUUCACUGCAUCGAGAAGAUAAAGACAGUUGGCGCGACGUACAUGGCGGCUUCUGGUCUCAAUCCGAGCGAAAACGAUACAAACAAGGACGACAUGGAGCAUCUUUGCAGAUUAGUGGACUACGCGGUAGCCAUGCGACUACGUCUCGAGGACGUCAACAUCCACUCGUUCAAUAACUUUGAUCUGAGAGUCGGGAUCAGCUGUGGCGCGUUGGUUGGCGGUGUCAUCGGUGCUAGGAAGCCCGUGUUCGACAUCUGGGGCAAUACAGUGAACCUGGCUUCUCGUAUGGACUCCACAGGAGUCAUGGGGAAGAUACAGGUUCCGCAGGACAUUGCUAGGUUCUUGGAGUCGAGGGGAUAUCAGACCCAAAAAAGAGGACUCAUCGAAGUGAAAGGCAAGGGAACGAUGGAGACUUACUUCGUGCUGGGAAAAGGGUCCAUGCAGCAGGAGGGCUCGACGAAACACACGACCAGAUGUCGAAGUCUCGCGGCCGUCGUUUAUGGUGUCGUUCAAGCUCGUCGCAAGCAAAUGCGAGCGCUUCGAAGGACAUAAACUUCGUAAUCGUAUCAGUUUCCCUGUACAAUUUGUUGGUGCCUACUUGCGUAAAUGGCUCACCUUGCGUGGCACUCGAAACAGAACAUUUCAUUACUUUCUCUUUCAGGAUGAUAACAAAGUAUUUAGGACAUACUUUUUUUUUUACAUCUAGACGUAUAAAUAGCGUGAUCCAAUUUUUGUUAAUUUUAAAUAGUUACAUGGUAUCGUGUAUAUUAUUGUUUAUCUUUCAACAGAGACUUUUGAAACGAGUACCGACCAGUUAUCGAUUAGAUAUCAAUUGAAAUAUCAAACCAGACUUUACUAUCGAUCGGUGGCAAAACGAAUGCAUAUGGGUAGAUUUAAUAUUUUUAUUGCAUUUUCUCUGCGUCCGUUAUAUUUUUGUUCUCCGUCGAUCCGGGCUGAUUUCGCGUAUCGAGAAACAAUAGAUGUACGAUGAGUAUAAUGUUGUUCGAGAUUGUGUUACAUCUAGUCAAACAGAAAACUGUGUCAUGUAAUGUAAGAUAUGUAACGGACACGAGCAUGGACAUGGUCGGGAGUUGCUUCAGCGUCGAGGGCUGUACGUUGCAAGGAAUGAAAAUAAUUGUCGAACGUUGCAGGCAGCUUUUCUUUUUUGGGAAAAGUCAAUUUAAUAAUAAUUGCAAGGGCAGCAGCGUUCGUGUCGAUAAUUAUAAUGUACAGCACAGUCGAGCUCUGUGUAACUGUAUAUUACAUUGUUAUGGUAAACACAAUAUAUUUUAAUUAACCGUAAUAAUAAUCCAUGAUAAUAAUAGUCGUAAUGAUAAUAAUAAGGCUAGCUACAGCGUGAUCCCCCGCUCGAAGAGACCACCCGAUUCCGACUGUACACUUUUACAACGUACUUCAAUAAUAAUCUAAUUACAUUAAUAUAAUUAGCAUAAUCAUUACAAUCUGAACCUAAUUCGAAGAAUGAUGUCGCGACACGUGGGAGGGAACGUCUUGGUCUUUCGAGAAAUCAAUGUCUUUCGGAGUCCACGACAAUCCUAGUCGUACUGUUUCAGCGAUGGACAAAAUUCUAUUUGAAUAUGAAAUAUAUUAACGAACAAAUAGCUGUUUUCUCUUUUCACUCUUUGCCCAUCGUUGUUCCAUAACCUUUGCUUCCGGUACGAUCCGAGCGCUGGUUAGAGAGGUUAGGAACGACGCGCAUCGAUUUCUCGAAAAACGACGUGUGGCGUCUCUUAAAAAUUUCCGUUUUCCUUUCUUCCUUAUUAUUAUUUUUUUUUUUUUCAUUUACGAUAUAAAGGCACUGUACACGUAAACAUACAAUAUAUAGGAGAGCGCUAUAGGCGGUCCAGAUGUUACUUUUUAAACGGUAAAACGGUGGCCGUUGAAAAAUAUUAUAAUACGAUCUUUUUUUUUUUCUUUUGUUUGUUUGUUUCUUUAACCGUUAAGACGUUACACGCUUAAAAUAGGGGAGCGGUUUCCUUCGAUUCUAGCUGCAUUGGUCAACGCUAUUCUUUUUUUUUUUUUUCGACGUUAUAAUAUUUAUAUAUUUAUUUAUACAAUAUAUAUGUAUAUCUUAAACGUUAAGGAAAAAUAUAGACGACUAUUAUGUAUACCGAAUGUGCAGAACUCACGGUAACUAUUCAGGAGGAAAAGUAAUUGGUCAAUGCGAUCAGAAGUUAAGAAAACGCUCCGGGUUAAAGGUUGGGAUCUGUUUUUAUCACAAUUUGGCAGUGAACGUUUUCACGUUUAAAAUACAGUUUUACAAGUUCUCUUCUUUAAGAGCUACGUAUCGUGAAUCUUCAUCUCUUCCGUAUUGUUUUCCCUCUUUUCUGCUAUUGUGCUCGCUACGAUUUCGCUUUUUUUCCCCCUUUCUUUACGAGAAAUCGAAAAUACUAUUUCCUCUCCUAAUAUUCUCGGUUGUUCAGAAAAAAAUAAAUCUUUCCCUUAUUUUCGUGUCUGUUCGUUAACCUCGUUAAGUACAGGGUGUCUCGAGACCGAAUGCUGAUCAAAAUAAUACCUGGCCUUCAUUUAUUUUAUGCAACGUUAUCGAACCUGGACAAAUGAAAAAUAAUGACUGCAUCAAAUUCUGCGUACAAAAAUUACACAAAUUUUGUCUCGACCACCAUGUUGCUAUUUAGGUAAUAUUUUAAACGGCACUCGGUUCGAAACGCUGCAUGUGAAUUAUUCAUUCCUAGAUCAUGUAGCGAAAAUAUGUUUUGUGUAAUGUUCUUUAAGAUUCAUCGUUAUUUCUGAUGUAUCUUUUGUUUGUUUCUUUCGAACCAGAAAUGAGCAAAAUUAUAUACUGAUACUUAGUAAUGGGUAAUAAUGCCAAUAUAUUCGAUUGAAUUUUUACUUUUUCGUUGUGGAAUAUUUUAUUCUACAAAUUAUGUUCUCAUUUUUAUUCAAUGAGUAACGAUUGUUCAUCCGUCGAAUGUUUUAUUUAGGUAAGAAUUUUGCCCAUCUCCAGAAAAGAGUUCAAGGAGAGGUCAGAGUGGUUGUUUAACCUGUUUCGCGGUAAUUCGCUAGCGUCUUGUGAGCAAUACUAAAUCGCCAUAAGAUUAUAAAACCAAUGUGAUUCUAAGGAUUCGUUGGUAUCAAAAUACGAUACUUCCUAAAGAUCUGUGUACAUACGUGCGGGAUAAACAAUCACGCGAUCGUUGCGAGAUGCAAUUAUUAUACAAUCCUGUUGCUUGUUUUUCGAUAUUAGAAAAAGAGAAAUCAAGUAUUUACAUCUACUUACAUUCCGUUAAAAGAUAAGUUUCCAACGUAUCCAACGUUUCGAUACCGUUCUCUUUAGUCGCGUUUCUUUCUGUUUUUUUUUUUUUUCUUUGCUCAACCGAAUCCGUCAUGUAUCAUGAAACUUAACAAAUGUAAAAGAAUUAAAAUUUUAUGCUUUCUAAGUUUCGACGCACCUCGACCAGCGAAUGUAAACUCAUCGAAGACCGGUCCUGUUUCAAUUAAGUGUACAAUUUGAUACACCAUUAAAAGUUUACGCUAACUGAUCCGUUGUUGCGAAUAGUACACUUCGUAUUUCUAAUGUAUUUUACGUUAUUUCGCGUUCCUAACUUAAAACAACACUUUUGCAGGCUGUUAAAGAAAUCUAGUACACCGCUUCGUCCGUAAAAGUACUGUUUUGCCAAUUGUUCAAAGUUAUAUACUAGACUUUUAAAUCAUCCUGCAUGAUUACAGCAUACAUUGCAAAAUCUGCUAUUAAAAUAAUGUUUAAAAAAAUCAAUAAAUUAUAAAGAAAA